AUGGACGCGAAGAAGGGUCCCGACGUCACCUCAGCAACGUCCGCCGCGGCGUCUGACGUCGGCAUGGGCAGCACGCAGGAGACGCCCGAGGUCUCCUGGGGCAAGAAGAUCCUCUAUCACCUCUGGGACGCGGACCAGCACCUGAAGAGCCCGCAGGAGAGGGCGCUGGUGCGGAAGCUGGAUUUCGGGAUCCUCAUCUGCGCGACGCUCGGAUGGUGGAUGAAGUAUAUUGACCAAAGCAACAUCACCAACGCCUAUGUUAGUGGUAUGAAGGAGGACUUGAAUAUUCAGGGGAAUGAGUAUACGUACAUGUUGAUGUGCUACACCAUCGCCUUCGCCAUCAUGCAGAUCCCCUCCAACAUCAUCACCCUCAAAGUCCGUCCUCGCAUUUUCAUCGUGAUUUGCGAGCUGGGCUGGACAGCCUUCACGUUCGCCCAGGCCGCCGCCCAGAACAGCAACCAGAUGUACGCCUUCCGGUUCAUGAUCGGCCUGUUCGAGAGCGGCUUCUCCCCCGUCAUCAUCUUCCUGCUGGGGUCCUGGUACACGAGGCCGGAGCUCGCGAAGCGCGUGGCCAUCUGGCACAUCACGGGCUUCUUCGGCCAGGCGACGUCCGGGUUCCUGCAGGCCGGCAUUCACAAGUCUCUGGACGGGCACUUGGGCAUGGCGGGGUGGAGGUGGAUGUACAUCGUCUGCGGGUGCAUGUCGCUCCCCGUCGCGUUGUCGGUGUGGUGGCUCCUGCCGGAUUACCCGCACAACACGACGGCGUGGUACCUCACCGAGGAGGACAAGCGGAUCGCGGCGGAGCGCGCCGCGAAGAUGGGCAAGGCCGAGAUCACGGGCGUCCUGGACCUGAAGCUCGUGAAGAGGAUGUUUGGGAACUGGAGGUGGUGGGUUCUGUGCUUGAUGUACAUCUUUUACGGAAACUCUUGCCAGGCGAAUAACUACUUCGCCAUCUAUCUUCGCGAGAACGGAUACAGCGUCACGCAGCGCAACAUCAUCCCCGCCUGCGCGAACCUCGUCACGAUGGUCACAGACUUCACGUGGGGCUUCAUGUCGGACCUGACUGGAAACCGUCCCUUGUGGAUUAUCGGUCCAUUGAUGUCCACCACGGUCGUCGGCUCCUCCAUCCUGACCGCCUACCCCGACACCGACGCCGCCCGCGUCGCUGGAUUCUUCCUAGUUGCUUGCGGAUAUGUUACUGCUGUCACCUGGACCUGGGCCAACGAGGUCAACAACGGAAAUGCAGAAGAGAGAGCCUUGACCAUCUCCAGCAUGAACGGACUAUUCUACGCGACGAACUCCUUCCUCCCCAUUCUCAUCUUCCCUCAGACCAUGGCGCCCAAGUUCGAGAGAGGGUUCCCCUCCAUUUUGUCGUUCGCGCUCGCUGCGGUCGUGCUCGUCGUCGUCGCGGACUUUUUGCAUAAGCGCCAGCUCCGGCAGGAGGCCGAAGUUGCGGCAAACCAGCCGGCGUCCGAGGCCAAGGUCGCUGAGCCGGUGAAUGAACAGGAGAAGGAGGUGGAGAACAGGCUUGCGGGGGCUAUUGAGCCUGUUCGCAACUCUUCUAGUAUCAUUUGA